UCCAGGGAGACAGACGGGAAGAGAGCUCGAGAGAACGGAUUUAAAACGCGGGUUUUCCAAGGACCGAGCGCGGAUCCAGAGCCGAAAAUAAACCCGUGAUCGUAACUAGGGCCGGUGGGGGAGUUGUUUAGCUUCAGAAAGUCACGGUUUCGGCCCCAAACCCUCAGUGAGGAAACAUCGCCGCGUUCGCUCGGCUCUGGAGAAAAGUCCGAGUGAACGGCCGCCAUCUUUAUCCGGGCAACUUAGAGCGAGGCGCGCAUGCGCGGCCCCAUCCUCACUGGGACACUGAGCAACAUCGCCCGAGGGAGACAUUCAUCAAAUAGAAUUAGAAGGGGAGGAUUUGCUGAUGGGAAAGUCAAACCAAACAUCACAUCAAGAUCUGACAGUCACUCGAUUCAUCAGAACCUGAAUACAGUCGAUCAUUGAAUGUGUUUGUCUGCUCUGUCUGUGGGAGAAAAUUUCAAACAUCAGUGUGACUGUGAAAGCACCGAGACACACACACACCCGAGUGAGAGUGUUCCAGUGAACUGACUGUGGAAAGGGCUUUAACCAGUUACACAGCCUGAAAAAAACAUCACACCAUUCACAGUGGGGAGAAACUGUACACAUGUUCUGCUGUGGACAAGGCUUCAACUGAUCAUCAAACCUGGAGAGAGGGAGGGACACAGGCAGCAUGGAGAAACUGUGGAAAUGUGGGUUCUGUGGGAAAGAAUUCAAUUACCCAUCCCAGAUGGAAAUUCAUCAACGAAUUCACACUGGAGUGAGACCAUUCACCUGCAUUGAGUGUGGGCAGGGAUUCACUCAGUCAGCCUACCUACUGAGACACCAGCGGGUUCACACUGGAGAGAGGCCAUUCACCUGCUCUGUAUGUGGGAAAGGAUUCACUGGGUCCUCUGAGCUGCUGAAGCACCAGCGAAUUCACACUGAGGAGAGGCCGUUCAGCUGUACUUCCUGUGGAAAGAGGUUCAGGUCUUCCUUCCACCUCAAAGUACACCAGCGAGUUCAUACUGGGGAAAGGCCAUUUACUUGCUCUGAGUGUGGGAAGGGAUUCAUUCAGUCAGCCUACCUGUUGAGACAUCAGCGGGUUCACACUGGGGAGAGACCAUUCACCUGCUCUGACUGCGGGAAGGGAUUCACUGGGUCCUCUGAUCUCCUGAAACACCAACGAAUUCACACUGGAGAGAGACCAUUCAGCUGUACUUCUUGUGGAAAGAGAUUCAGGUCUCCAUUCAACCUCAGUGUACACCAACGAGUUCACACUGGAGAAAAGCCGUUCACCUGCUCUGACUGUGGGAAGGGAUUCACUCAGGUAUCUAACCUGCAAACACACCAGCAACUUCACACUAGGGAGAGACUGCUCACCUGCUCCGAGUGUGGGAAGGGAUUCACUCAGUUAUCCCACCUGCAGACACACCAGCAAGUUCACACUGGAGAGAGACCAUUCACCUGCUCUGAAUGUGGGCAAGGAUUCACUCAAUUAGCUUACCUGCUGAGACACCAGCAAAUUCACACUAGGGAGAGGCCAUUCACCUGCCCUGAAUGUGGGAAAGGAUUCACUGGGUCCUCCAACCUGCUGAAGCACCAGCGAAUUCACACUGAGGAGAGGCCGUUCAGCUGUACUUCCUGUGGAAAGAGAUUCAGGUCUUUAUUCCACCUCAAAGUACACCAGCGAGUUCACACUGGGGAAAGGCCAUUUAUUUGCUCUGAGUGUGGGAAGGGAUUCAUUCAGUCAGCCUACCUGUUGAGACACCAGCGGGUUCACACCGGGGAGAGACCAUACACUUGCCCUGAAUGUGGGAAAAGAUUCACUGGGUCUUCCGACCUGCGGAAGCAUCAGCUAAUUCACACCGGAGAGAGACCAUUCACCUGCUCUGACUGUGGGAAGAAAUUCACUCAGUUAUCUCACCUACUGACACACCAGCGAAUUCACACUGGGGAGAGGCCAUUCACCUGCUCCGAGUGUGGGAAGGGAUUCACUCAGUCAUCCCACUUACAGGCACACCGGCGAGUUCACAAGCGACUGCAGGGGUUGGAUUCUGCUUUCGUUGCUGCUGAUAAUCACAUCCAGGACUGAACCAUGUUCAUCCCGACAGUUGGGGUUUGUUUCUGUUGAUGUUAAUAAUCCCUGUAACUGGGCUGGAGUUUAAUAUUCUGGAUCUGUAGUGAUUGUGUUCUCGGGGCUGCAGUGUCCCUUUAAGAACCGCUGUCUCUGAUCUUUCCCCAGAAUUCAGGAACUCUCAUCAAAAAUUAGUUUACAACAAGAUUCUGAACUUUUACUUAAAUCUUAAAUUGAUCUUUGGUACGAAUCCUUCAAUUCAUUUUAAUGAGCGGUUCCACUGAUUAAUAUCUCUAAUUAGAAAGUGCUGAUUAAUCCUUGCUGACAAUUCUUACUGACUUGUACAUUACUCAGUGACACCUCCAUUAUCCAUCAGAAAGAAGGGGAAUGGGAAUUGGUGGAGAAUCGAGAGUUCUCAAAUUGUAACCCUCUCGCCUGGUACAGAAAAUCCCCUCGGCAUCGGAUUGGAGACAAGUUCAAUCCAAGUAACGGACCACAAGAAAUCACUGCCUAAUAACCUUAUAAAGCCUUCAGAAAUUUAUGGAAUAUUAUAAAAAUAGUCAGUCUAUCUCUUACGAAGAAAGCUUCCAUAGCAGCUUGCUGGCUGACAAACAUAGGGCAAGCCUGUUAUCUCUGCCAAGGACAUGUCUCUAGCACAGGCCCUGAAACAAGACAUUUCUAACCCUGAUACAAUUGGAUCUCAUGACCCAUCCGUAAACCAACCGCCUGUGUCAAGGUUAAAACAGGCUCUCGAGAGCAUGGAGAUAUUGACGUGAUCCACACUGGCUUCAGCCCAACACCCACACUUUGGCUCACACCAGUUAACCGUUCAGAGGAGACUGUCACCACCAGCUACAGAGACCAGCACUCACUCUGUAUCAUCCAUCCGUUUGUCUUCCGGUACCGGUAAACCGUUCUCACCUGUCACAGGUCGUGUGUUUUUCGUAUCUAUUUAGCUUACAAAUCAUACUUAAACUGCUGCUUCUCA